ACAUUUGGAGUCUUUGAAAAGGUUCAAUAGAGCUGAUAAUAAUAGUGGAAAUCAUAAGUGGCUGUUUGGAAUUAAUCAUUGAUUUGUAGUUUCUGUAGCAUCUUAGCUCGGUGGGUUGGUGAGAAUCGGUCUGGCACACUGAACCUUUGGGGCCAACAAAUCCACACGUUUGUGCAGGGAGAUAGCUCGGAGAGUCAACAUUUGUAUAAAGUGUUUCUCGCUCUGGAUAACUCUAAACGGGUAGGACAGAAGAAACAAGGAAAUAUGAAUGCCAUAGUGGAAGCUUUUGCCUUCUUCCUGGGGUUUCUGGGCUGGCUGAUGGUUGGGGUCGCACUUCCAAAUCGAUACUGGAAGGUCUCUUCAGUGGAUGGUAACGUUAUCACCACAUCAACCAUCUAUGAAAACCUAUGGAUGUCCUGUGCAACUGACUCUACAGGAGUUCACAACUGCCGGGAUUUUCCAUCUUUGCUCGCACUUAAUGGAUACAUUCAGGCCUCCCGAGCACUCAUGAUCGCUGCCAUUGUGUUUGGGACGUUUGGGCUCGUGGCUACCCUCGUAGGAAUGAAGUGCUCAAAAAUAGGAGGAGAAAACUACGUCCUUAAAGGGAGAAUCGCUGCAAUUGGAGGAGUGUUCUUUUUACUACAAGGGAUCUGCACCAUGAUUGCUGUAUCUUGGUAUGCAGCCAACAUCACACAGCAGUUCUUUGACCAGUUUUAUCCAGGGACAAAGUACGAGAUUGGAGAGGGCUUGUAUAUCGGCUGGUCGUCAGCCAUACUUGCCAUUUGCGGAGGUUCAUGCCUGAUGUGUGCAUGCAAAGUCAAAACACCCAAUGAAAAAAUAUCAUAUCCAUACCAACCACCCUCUAGAGGACAUGUCCUGUCAACUGUGGGAACGUCUCAGUCUGUCCCAAGCAACUAUGGAAGAAAUGCGUAUGUCUGAAAGGGUAUUGUGUAGGAGAGAAGGCCGACUGGAUUUGAGUCAGUCCACCAGAUAAGAUUGUUUUAAGAGAAAAUGAACAAUUACUGAUAACAUUAUUCUCAGUAUACUAUGAGAGGGCAGCAUUUACAAUGGGAAACACCUAUAGACUUAUGAUCACUGUAGUAUAGAGCACUAACCAAGAUCUGCUUUAUCAAAUCUGAACCUUAGUGAUAUUUACUAUAUAUGAAUUUGUAUUGUUUAUGUAUUGUGAAAAUUGCAUAUAUGUACCUUCCUAACUUGCUAUGGGCUUAUCAAGAGAAACUGCAACAUAAUGAAAACUGUGACAGUACAAAUGGAAAGCAAUGUUUUACAGUGUUGAUCACUGCUUUAAUUUAGACUAAGUUUGACGAAUACAAUGUACAUAACACAUACUCCUACUUAAGAUGUCCAGAAGGUGGUGGGAAUCCCAAUACAGGACCAUUUUCUAUCCCAAUAGCCUUUAAUAACCAAACCUUUACACAUAUUUACUUUUGUUUUACUUUAUUUUAAUGAUUACAGGAUGAGUUAAUUGCAAGAAAGCUAAUUAAUGUGAAAGGAACAAUCUGAUCCUCUGACCAUAGGGCAUACUACUUUGACAUUAUUUUUAAGCUUGCAAAAAACUUGUUUAUGACUUUUUUUACUUUAACUAGGACUAGGAACACACGACAAUCAAACAUAUUUAAUCCUCAGAUCACCUUAAACUGUUGUGUUGUGUUCAAGUUUGUAUAGUAUAUUAAGUGAUCAAUCAUUUGUUAUACCUGUGUAUCCUUGAACCUCUUACACAAAAUGUAACACACAUUCAGAAUAAUCCAUAGUGUUAACAGCUGAAAAAGCAAACGAAAUGAGAUUGCCAUUCCAGAAAUGUCUGCAAUCUACGUGAUAAAUAAUCUGGAUGGUUUUAGAACAAAAUAAAGUGUGGUGGCACGGGUCUGGUCUACUGCAAGUACUGGUCCAGUAUACAGUACAAUCACAUUAUAAGAAGGGUUUCACCCAGUGUUAUUUUAUUGUGAUUCUCACCUCUGAACCAGAACACUUGAGUAACAGAGUUAAAACACAUGUAAAUAUAGCCUGUGUAGGUUAUGUGCAUUUUAAACUUUUUUUUUGGCACAUAUAUGUAUGUAUAUGUGUUUAUACAUUUAUAUGUGUCCCACUGUUUGCUUCUGGGUGAUUUUAAAGGUGUUCCUCUUCAUUUAAGUAUGUUUUAUACACAAAUAAAUAUCAUUGUCAGUGACAAAACCAUAGGUAUAUAAAUGAGAGGUUAUGAUUUCCAAUUGAGUGCUGACUGGAGCUGUUGAGCAAUGUGACUCAAUAUCAUUAUUAAGAAAUACCAGUUCACAUGUUUAAAUAAAGAGUUUUGGGUUACAGAG